AUGGCGGCCGGUUCUCAGGCAGUAACCAAUACUGAAAAGUGCGCAGCACAUAAAAAGACUACCACGACUGCGCUUUCACAGCAAUAUGGAGGCAAACACACCGGCCGCUGGGUGUCGAGACUCCCAGAGUCCUGGAUUCCCUACGUGCAGCUGGCUCGGCUGAGCCCCCCGGCCGGGUUGGCACUGAUAUAUUUCCCACACCUCUUUGGCGCGCUGCUGGCAGCUAUCCUGAAGGACGCUCCUCCCAUGGAGCUUCUGCGGGCGUGCAUGGUCCUGUUGCCCUGGAGUCUCUUCUUCUCCAACGCAGCGCACGCCUGGAACGACUUGGCCGACGCCCCGCUUGAUGCGCUGGUCGCGCGGACCCAGCAGCGUCCCAUCCCCCGGGGCGCCGUGUCCAGCCGCGGCGCCGCCAUUUUUGCGGCUUCCCAGGCGAUACUCGGCGUUGCCGUAUUGCGUCUCGGCAUACCCGGCCGCGCCGCGGAAUCAGCUUCGCACUACAUUCUGCCAAACGCCUUGGCGACAUUGUACUAUCCCUAUGCCAAGCGCCACACGCAUCUGGCCCAGUUCGUGCUGGGAUCUUGUCUAGCCUGGGGCGUCAUUGUCGGCUGUGUCGCCAUGAACUACGAGCCGUUUGCCAUUGAGCCCUUUCUGACCAUGCCCACCACGGCCAGUCCGGCCUGGUCACCAUUCCCAUCCGUGCGUGUCUCGCCACCCGUGGUUUAUCUCGUGCUUGCCUGCGUUUGCUGGACCGCGAUAUACGAUUCAAUCUAUGCUCACCAGGAUCUGGUCGACGACAAGAGGCUUGGGCUGCGCAGCAUGGCUGUGCUGCUGGGUGAUCGGUACACCAAGCCCGGGCUGUCCGUCCUACUGUGUGGCCAGCUGGCACUGUUGGUAGCCUGCGGUGCCUCAUCGGAGGGAAUUUGGCCGUACUAUACCAUAAUUGCUACCAGUGGAUGUGCAAUUUCUCUGGGAUGCAUGAUUGCAUUCGUCAAGCUGAAGGAUUCAGGGAGCUGCUGGUGGUGGUUCGGUCACGGGUUCUGGACGGCGGGCUUUUCCAUCACUGGCGCGCUAGCCGCCGAGUAUUUCGGGCGACGCCUGUCACUGCAUCAGCUCUGGCCUUGA